UUUAAAAUUCUAGGUGAACUCUGUAAGUUAGAAAAUAUUUACGGUAGGGCGUAAAUUCAAUAUUAUCUAACUUCCAACAGAAACCUUUAUCCAUACUAACGAGCUUUGUCAGGGUUUUUAGUUCUGAAGCUGUAAUUUUCGUUUUUCUCUGAGAAAAAAGUUAUUUUGUAGAUUUCAAUCCUGCUUCUUCGCCGUCCGGCGCCGGCGCCGGUUAAUUAGGCAGCUGGUCAAGCUCUUUCUGUGGACCAGCUUCGUCAAAUUCUUUGAAGAAAGCAAUAGGGAGACCUUCUGGUUCCAGCAAAAAGCAACAAAUUGACAAUCACGGAUUACGAUAAGUGACAAGUAAAAGUAGCCAUAGAGCCUUGUUAAUGAUACUAAAGCACCUGUUAAGCGAGGGAAAACACUCAACAUGUUUUGCGCUUCGCUUCAUGUUAUGGAAAUAUACCCAGAAGUUCCCUUGAUUGAAGAAAUGUUUCCUUAAGAGUCCCUAGGGCAACCAUAUUUUUUACGAAGAUGUCCCUAGGGUUAAAGUUUUUGCCUAAGAAUCCCUACCCUACCUAUAUAAUCGCCUGUGACUUCAUCAGUCUGGCAUGCCGCUUUUGAUAGUCGCCUGCAAAGUGAAGGACUCUCUACGACACUUAAACAAGAAUGGUGGCAGCUUGUAUACCCUCAAGUUGGACAGAAAAAAAUGCUACAAAUUUUCAAGGAUCAACAGGAUUUGGAUUCCCACCUCAUAUUAUCAAAGUGAAAAUAGGAGAGGAUGUGGCAUCAAAAGUACUGUCAUUUACUCAGAAUUGUACUAGGGAUGUUUGUAUCUUGUCAACGGAUGGUGUAUUAUCAAAUGCGUCUCUAAUAAAAGAUGAAAUGUCUGGAGGAGCUGCGACCUUUGAGGGACAUUUUGAGAUAUUGUCUCUCUCUGGUUCAUUUCUGCUGUCUGAAAUUGGCGGUCAACGGAGAAGAACUGGUGGAUUAAGUGUCUCAUUAGCUGGAAGCGAUGGCCGGGUUUUUGGUGGUUCUGUGGCGGGUGUUCUAACUGCUGCAUCACCGAUCCAGAUAAUUGUUGGUGAUUUCGUUGCAAAUGGUCGAAUACCUUCCACCUGCCACCACCAACAGAUUCCAGGAUCGACAGGAUCUGGAAUCAUUCCACAUAUUAUCAAAGUGAAAACAGGAGAGGAUGUGUCAUCAAAAAUACUUUCAUUUACUCACUAUUGUCCAAGGGCUGUUUGUAUCUCGUCCGCGACUGGUGAAUUAUCAAGUGUGCGUGUAUUACAAGCUGACACGUCCAGAGGAAUUGCGACCUAUGAGGGACUGUUUAACAUACUGACUCUAUCUGGUUCAUUUCUGCCAUCUGAAAAUGGUGAUCAACGGAGCAGAACAGGUGGAUUUAGUGUAUCGUUCACUGGGUCUAAACGACGGAUUUUUGGUGGUGCUGUGGCGGGUGCUCUAAUUGCUGCAUCACCAGUCGAGGUAAGUGUAUUUAGUUUCGGUCCAGCUGCUGGUCUGAUGAAUCUCAAAUCUGUUGGUCAGACGGGGGCCAGUACCGCACCAUCACGUGGCAUGUAUAGUGGAUUGCUCAGUGAGCUAGCCGGUCAGACGGGGGCCAAUACCCCACCAUCACGUGGCAUGUAUAGUGGAUUGCUCAGUGAGCUACCCAGUCACCCUAAAUCAAAGCGGUCUGGGAACCGCAAACGAUAACCUGCAAUGAAUCUCGAGCAUGUCCUGGGAAUGAGUUUAUUUCCACGCUCUUUUCUGAACGAUUGAACUCCUCGCCGACUAAUUCACUGAAGAAGACUCUUGAGGGGAUUGUUGUAAUUUACAUUGGUGUAAUUGUAGUUGUGCAGAAAUAAGGACCACAGACACUUUUGCUGAUGCUUAGGUCUUCUGCAUUUUCUGUCUUGUUAAUUUAGCUUUUUGUGUAUUCAUCAAUAAUAGGUCAUGGUUUGGCUUUCUUGUUCUGUUUUAACUCUUGUAAGUACUGCUAUCUAGGGAUGACUCCUGCUUGAAUUUACGUAUUUUAUUUUCAUUUUUA